AUGACUCCCUCUGCAUUUGAUAAGCUACUGGAGAAAGUGGGACCAUUUCUUGACAAGUCUUCAUGGAGAAAGGCUAUAGAGCCAGGUGAGAGGCUAGCAAUCACUCUCAGAUAUCUUGCUUCUGGUGAUUCCCAGACUUCGCUAUCAUCUCUCUUCAGAGUGUCAAGCCAGGCAAUCUCGAAGAUAGUCUUGGAAACUACCGCAGCUAUAUGGCAUGUCCUGAAAGAUGAGGUUUUACCAGAAAUGAGUGAGAACACAUGGAUCAAAACUGCCGCUGAGUUUGAAAUUUGGUGGAAUAUCCCCCACUGA